AUGCAGGAUCAACUGUCUCUUAACUCAUACAGUUAUAAGCAUUACAGGCCGAAAGAUCCUUCUCAAGCAAUAGAUAUUCAUGAUGUCUUCAUCAAGAAAAGUAGAAUGCGAGUUAUGUUGUCAUAUGCUGGCAUCCUUUCUCUUCUUGUGAAUGUUUAUUAUUCACUAGUGAUGAAGGAAAAUUUAUGUGUCAGCUCUAUUUGGAGUAUUCUGGUGGGUGUUCUGUUUGCCAAAUGUUUGCAGUACAAACCUGUCAAGAAAGAGUCUGUGGUGAUUAUGCGAGCAUUCGGAGUACAACUUGAAACUCAUUUUUGGAGCGGGAAAGUUAACCGCCGGUUUAUUCCCAUUGGGAAGAUUCUUAAACCGAAAUUGCGUCCCCCCGUCAAAAUCUUGGUUCCAGUGUGGAAGGCUUUGUGUGCAGCUGCAGAUUAUGAUGGCUUAAGCUGUCCUACGGAUCCUCAGCAGAACUGA